ACAAAUUCUCAAAACACCCGCUAGUGUUCCCACUGUUCUGUGACUUCACUUCUCUAUCCGGCUGCGAUCGUUAGUUUUCGUCACGAAGCGGACGAGGGAGUGUAGCCUAGUCAUACGGGCAAGUAGGUGGAGAAAAUAAAAUAAUCAACGAUAUUUACGAUAAGCGACAGCCAACACCGUGAGAAAGUGAAAGUGGCACCAGUUGGCAGUCCCAAAGACCGUCGGUUGAUCUGCUUUUCAUAGCUUUCAACUGUUAUUGAGUGAGGUCUCCUCCUAGUUGGUGACGGAUACAGUAGGCGACACGGGGAGACCAGCUUGUAUUGCCCUCGCCAGAUUUCAUAAGAUUAGAUUUCAAAAUAUUUGACGAGUGGUGUGGAGGCCAAGAUGUCAUCGAAGAUGCCAAGCUCUAACAACAUAACUCAGGCCAGAAGGACAGUACAACAGCUAAAGAUAGAGGCCAGUAUUGAGAGGAUAAAGGUAUCCAAGGCCUCAGCGGACCUCAUGCACUACUGUGGCGAACAUGCCAAGUACGACCCUCUGCUCAUGGGCAUCCCUGCCUCAGAGAACCCCUUCAAGGACAAAAAGCCUUGCGCUAUAUUGUAAUGACCCCUUUAUGUAUCUGUUGGCUUUUUAAUAUUCCUGUAUGUCUUUUUUUUCUACUCAUCCACCCGUCAUGCCUUAAAGCCUAUAACCUUACCCUUUAAUGAAAAUGUUGUAUUUUAUCACUCACGUUGAACAUAUUUACAGACAUAACAUACAAUGCAUUGAUACAGUACAUCGGUCAAAUAUACCUUGGGACACUGACUGUUAAUGUGUGUCUGAUUUAGCUCAGUGGAUUUAGCCGAUGUUUCCGACCAUCCCUUUAACGAGUCUGUUUUAAUCGUAUCUUCUGUCAUUUGUAUUAUAAUGACCUAAUUUAAUAUAUUUCAGGCUUUCGAGUCAUGGUUGGGACAUGUGGCUGUAUUGUCUUCUUCCCAUUGACUCAUCAUUGACCCGUGCAGCGUUCACGUGCUAGUUGGAACUAGAAAACUCAGACAUGUUUGACUUGCUAACUGGUUGAACAGGGCAUGUGUAUAACUACAACCAGUUAGCAAAUCAAACAUGUCAGAGUAACCUAGUUCCGACUAGCAUGUGAACGCAGCUUCAUGCUGUUUAUUAAUAACUUACUGGUUCAGCAGGAUGGCAUCUGGACUGUCAGUGAGCAAUGAAGGAAGUAGACCCAGGGACAAAUAUUUUCUAAAAUAGACAUCAUCAGAGCCCUCAACCUUCCAUUAAUGUAAAGAGUAUAAGUUUUUGAUUAGUGCUGAGGAUAUUUUAACUCACUGCCAAUUUUCGGAUGGGAAACUGCAGUGUACAGCUAAGACAGGUAAUUCACAACCUCAGUAUACAGCACUCCACCCAGCCAUUUAACCCAGGUGUUACAUAACAGAACACUGUGAGCCAAGUCACCUUAACAUAUUUACGAUAGUGAUCAUGUAAUCAAUGUAUAGGUUGGUAUUUUAAAGAGGGGGUUCAGGUACAAGUAUUCUGUUGGGAGAGACCAUAGGAGGUGCACCAGCUUGGCACAUGGGUUGUUAUUAAUGGUGUAAUAAAUUAUUUUCACUCCCAACUAUGUGCACUAUACCCUGUAUUUGAGUAGACUGGUCUGAUAGACUAGAAGUAACAUAGUAAACGUACAUCCGAGACACUCAAAUUACACUGAACAAAAAUAUAAAUGCAACAUGUGAAGGGCUGGUCCCAUGUUUCAUGAGCCGGAAAAAAAAUCCCAGAGAUAUUUCCCUACGCCCAAAAAAUGAAUUUCUCUUAAAUUACGUGCAAAAAAUUGUUUACACCCUUGUUAGUGAGCAUGUAUCCUUUGUCAAGAUAAUCAAUCUACUUGACAGGUGUGGCAUUUCAAGAAGCUCAUUAAACUGCAUGAUCAUUACACAGGUGCACCUUGUGCUGGGGACAAUCAAAGGCCACUCUAAAAUGUGCAGUUUGGUCACGCAACGCAAUGGCACAAUUCUCAAGUUUUGAGGGAGCGUGCAAUUGACAUGCUGACUGCAGGAAUGUCCACCAGAGCUGUUACCUACCAUAAGCCACCUCCCACAUCCUUUUAGAGAAUUUGGCAGUACGUCCAACCGGUCUCACAACCGGAGACCACUUGUAACCACACCAGCCCAGGACCUCCACAUCUGGUUUCUUCAUCUGCGGGAUUGGCUGGGCCUGGCUCCCCAGUGGGUCGGCCUGACUUCGAAGUGGGUGGGCCUAUGCCCUCUCAGGCCCACCCAUUGCCUCGCCCUUGCCCAGUCAUAUGAAAUCCAUAGAUUAUGGCUUAAUGAAUGUAUUCAUAUUGACUGAUUUAUUUGUAUGAACUGUAACUCAACAAAAUCUUAGAAAUGGUUGCAUGUUGCAUUUAUAUUUUAUUUCAUUAUAGUAUAUGACAUGUUACCUUUGGUAUGGUUACAUAAGAUAGAAAGUUAGUUAAGGCAAAAACAAAAGGAGGUUGGUUGGUUGGGAUGGGAUGGGCGUAUAAUGCGAAUGUCUAGCAGCACAAAGGUUGCAUGCUUGAAUCUCAUCACGGACAAAUUAAGCAUUUUAGCAACUUGGCAACUACUUACUACUUUUUUUUAAGCUAUUUUACAACUACUUAGCAUGUUAACCCUAACCCUUUUAGCUGGCCCUUCCCCCAACCUUAACCCUUUUAGCCCAACUCCUAACCAGAACCCCUAAGCCCUAGAGCUAACGUUAGCCAGCUAGCUAAUGUUAGCCACCUAACCAACGUUAACCACAACAAAUUGGAAUUCGUAACAUAUCAUCAAAAAACUGAUGAUGGACAUCCACAAAUUAACACAUAUCAUACGAAACGUAACAUAUCAUACGAAAUGGAGUGUCUCAAUUUACAAACAGAAUAAUACUAAAUGCUCUGAGACCACGUUGAUUUGAAGCUGACCCCAAUGUCCUGUGAUAGUACUAAGUAUGGUAUUUGGGGGGGCAGGACCAAGUUUGGGAAACUCUGUCCUAUUGAACAGUAAAAAAUAGAAUGUCCCGUAUGCCCUGUCGGUUAGCUGUUGGGAGCAUGUCUCGAUAAAACGAACCAGCUGUAUCGAUGUGGUUAGCACAGAUAGGCUGGAAAGUAUAAUUAUGUUUGCAUUCACAAAGCCUUACAAGUGUUUGCAUUGUGGUGUGAAGAUUAUUAUUUUUUUAUUUGUUAAAUGAAAUGGAUCUUUCUGUGCUGAUUUCCUGUGAUUUCUAACUGAAUUGUGCCAUCGUCUUGUCACUAGCAGAAGAGAAAAGAACAUGUCUGAUUGUAUACACCUGGUGCUACUGUUUGUAAUGUUUGUGUUAUCCUCCCUCCAAAAGGUACUUCAUUCAUCAUAAAGGUCUUGAAAUCAGAGACAGGGAGACCCAGUAACCCAUUAUGAAUUAUUGAGCGAUGACAAUUGUAUCUCGACGACUUUUCUCUCUGACAAGUGUAUCUCUCUAAUAUGCUAAAUCUGGCUACUGUUACUUUGUGUGACAUCACCAGACAAUUCUGAUUCAACCAGCAUACCAGCAAUGGCCUUUAUAUACCUUUGUGAGACUCGUACGUGACCUUUCCCUGACCCUCUGUGAAGACAGUGUGAACCUGGUGGAUUAAAGACAUCUGUAUGUGGUUUUGUUCAUUAUAUCAAGUGAUGGAGCCUUUGUUUCUCUCUCUGCUGAGUACAGUCUUUCCUGUUGUUAUUAAACAUAGAUUUAUAAUUGCA